UCCGAUUGCUAAAAGAAACCCCAUAAAACACAAUUCAAUAAUUUAACAAUUUCAUAAAAGAGUUGGUUUUAGAAUAUUUGUGUGGCCUAUUCAUCACGCAAUUUUCGGGACAUUUUGGAGACCGGAGAUUUUAUUCAAUGUGAUCGACAACACCAACAUUUUUGUGUUUUGUAUCUCUGUCACCGGAAUUUUUUAAAUCAUGAAGAACCGCCCACCCAUCACUGACCGGAGACUCUACCUCUUGUUAUCCGCCGGUGCUAUUAUAGCCGGCAGCCUUCUCCUCUCGACUUUCAACGGCGGUGGUGAAAUCCCUCUCUUCUGCAGUGAAUCUAUCUCAGACGAAUUCUUCCCCUCAACCACCACACCAUUGCAACUCGACGCCAUUCUCCACUACGCCACUUCUCAGGUCGUCCCACAACAAUCGUUAGAAGAGAUCACCGUCUCCUUCGACGUUCUUCAAUCGAUUUCGCCCUGUAAUUUUCUCGUUUUCGGACUCGGUCACGAUUCCCUGAUGUGGGCGUCAUUCAAUCCGCUCGGCAAAACCCUAUUCCUGGAAGAAGACCCGACAUGGGUCCGGAGUGUCUUGAAAACCGCACCAGAUCUGAACGCAGUCACCGUCAAUUACCGGACGAAACAAGCCGACGCCUUCGAGCUCCUGAAUUGGUAUCAAUCCGAACCGGAAUGUGCCCCAUCCAAAAGUUAUAUUCGAGGAAACACGCAAUGCAAGCUAGCAAUCACGGGUCUACCUGAUCAUGUCUAUGAUCAAGAAUGGGAUAUGAUAAUGAUCGAUGCGCCCAGGGGUUAUUUCGAUGAGGCGCCGGGAAGGAUGGGGGCGAUUUACACGGCUGCUGUGAUGGCGAGAAAUCGGAAAAAAUCAGGGGUGACGCAUGUUUUUUUGCAUGAUGUGAAUCGGAAAACUGAGAAAGCUUACGGGGAAGAGUUUUUGUGUCGGAGGAAUUUGAAGAAGAGCGUCGGAAGAUUGUGGCAUUUUGAGAUACCACCGGCUGCAAAUGUUACCGAUCAGAAUGCAAAGUUUUGCUAGUAAUCAUGACUAUAUUCAUGGGUCAAGCUUCAUGAAGUUCACCGAAGGUGAUUAGAGACUAGUUGGAAAUUUGCCCAAAUGACUUGACUAAACAAAAUUAACAACUUUAAUGGUGUAAGGUGCAUAAUUAGAAGUUCAAUAAUUAAACUAGAAUAUUUGAUUGUUAUUUAGGGCAAAAUACAUAAAAGAGCUACUAUAUAUUGGCCAUUUUUAUGGUUUAACUUUCUUUUUCGUUAACGAAAGCCAUGACAUUUUGAGAAUA